AUGGAUGCCACCGCCUCCGACGCCGCCGCGCAGGUCGACCGGGACGCCGAGCUCGUCUACGAGUACCACCGCAUGGGCAUGACGCUCCAGCCAGCCGACCUCAUCUUCUGCCUCGGCAGCCUCGACACGCGCGUCGCCACCCGCGCCGCCCAGCUCUACCUCGACGGCCUCGCGCCGCGCAUCGUCUUCUCCGGUGGACUCGGCAAGCUUACGCGGGACCGCUUCUCCAUGUCCGAGGCCGACCUCUUCGCCGGCCUCGCGCGCGGCAUGGGCGUGCCCGCCGACGCCAUCCUGGUCGAGCGCGCCUCCACCAACACGGGCGAGAACGUGCGCCUCACGCACGAGCUGCUGCAGCAGCAGGGGGCCGGGGAGGAGAUGCCGCGCUCGCUGAUACUGGUGCAGAAGCCGUACAUGGAGCGCCGCACGUGGGCGACGUUUCGCAAGCAGUGGCCGGACGAGGCGGCGAGCGUGGCGGUGACGUCGCCGCAGCUGAGCUGGGCAGAGUACCCGGACGAGGGCAACCCGCGGGAGCUGGUGAUCAGCGUCAUGGUGGGCGACCUGCUGCGCAUAGAAAGGUACCCGGCGCUGGGGUUCCAGGUCCCGCAGGAGAUUCCGCCGGGGGUAAUGGAGGCUGCGCAGAGGUUGAUCGCGGCGGGCUAUGACAAGCACCUCCCGUGA